UUUAAGAGACUGCUGGACAUGUAUAUGGUCACAGAAAUUUGAGGGUGCAUACAUGAGGAUCAAUGGUCGGCACAACAUUGUGGGCUGAAGGGCCUGUUCUGUGCUGUACUGUUCUAUGUUCUAUUUCCAUGGGUACAUAGCUGGGAUAGGUAUGGAGAGAUAGGGACCACACACAGGCACAUGAGAUUAAAUUAUUUCUGAAAACUGGGCAUAAUGGACAAAUUGGCCAAAGGGCCUGCUUCUAUGCUGUAAACCUCUAUGACUCUAAUCAAUGACUUGAGUGGCAGGAAGAAGAUUGUGAAGGCAUUGGAAAAAAAUGUUCUUGCAAAGAGGCCAUUAGAGACAGAUUAUAUAAUCACUUUUUGGCUGUUACAAUUAAAUAAGACUACAAGAAAAUCAAAGGUACCAAAUAAAUGAACCAACAAAAAUUUACCAGGGAAAAAAAAAUUCAUUUCAUAUGAACUACCUAUUUAUCACUUUUUUUGUAAUGACUACGGGGAUGUGGCUCAGUGGUAGAGUGCAUGCUUUGUACGUAUGGGGGCCGCGGGUUCAAUCCCCGGCAUUUCCAUUUCUUUUUCCAUACGGCCUUUGUGCUUUCAUUGGGAGUUAGCGAAGGGCCUUGAAAUUUUCUCCGGAUGAACCAGGCAUUUUUGUUCCGGUUCAAACUCCAUGUCUAUAAUUUACAUUCUUUAGCUUUGUGAGAACAAGGAAACACUCAGUUACUGCCUCUGCAAGUCCCGUACAUGUCCUUUUCCAAAUGAGUACCUGCACUGGUUGGAGGAGCCGGUUGAGAUUUUGGAUUUGUGCCAAUGUUCUUUUAAUGCUUUUUUUGCAUUAAACCCAUCGAAGAUGUUAAAGUAACCGCCGCUCUAUUCAUUUUAUCACCGCGCUCGGCCUCGUGGGUAACACGUCAUCCAGAGGCUGAGUACCCAAAUACAGUGACGUUUGUGACCGUAACCAGGGAAACUGCAGCUGAUCUGUGGGAAGAAAUAAAGCGGACGGAGUCGAGAUUAGGUCUGGGAGAAACUAAUGCAGCUGAAACAUCUGAAAACCCUUCUGAAUCCUCAGUUUCACUUGUGUUAAAUGGAUGAAUUUUCGCUCUGGAGGGAGCCGAGAUGUAACUUAUGUUCAGAUUCACAUUUGCACUUGUGCUUACCGUCACGUCAAGAAACAUAAAAACAUUGACUAAACCUGACGGAUUUAUUGCACCAAAGGGCAACCAGAAUGGUACUAAGCUGUGAGGCUGGAUGAACACGGCAGGCCCAGCAGCAUCUCAGGAGCACACCAGAAUGGUACACUGUACUCCAGAAGAGGCCUUACCAACGUCCUGCACAACCUCAACAUGAUGUCUCAACUCCUAUUCUCAAAAGCCAACAGUCACCUCAGUCAAUUUUCUUGGAUCUCUAAACUCUUGUUACGGGACUCCAACCUUCCUCAUCUUGGUCCUGGGACCAUUCUUCCACUCCUCUGUAGACACUCUUCUUUGAAUACUGCCACGUACAGUGCAUGUGAUUUUGUUACUUUCCAGCAAAUUGUCAGGAUGGUGCUGCUAAAGUUACAUGUAUGUCAUGGGCGCCCAAUAACAGCAAGUUUGCAGUCUGCACUGUGGACAGAGUUGUUCUUCUGUAUGACGAAAAUGGAGAAAGAAGGGAUAAAUUCUCUACUAAACCUGCUGAUGCCAAGUAUGGCAAGAAAAGUUAUAUGGUCAGAGGCAUGGCAUUUUCUCCAGAUUCCACCAAAAUAGCAGUUGGACAGACAGACAGUAUUAUAUAUGUGUAUAAAAUUGGAGAGGAAUGGGGUGAUAAAAAAGUUAUCUGUAACAAGUUUGUACAGACGAGUGCUGUUACAUGUCUAAUCUGGCCAGCAGAUCAAGCAAUUGUUUUUGGAUUGGCUGAAGGAAAGGUUCGUUUAGCUAACACAAAAUCAAACAAGUCUUCAACCAUUUAUGGAACAGAUUCUUACGUAGUUUCGUUGACUUCAAAUUUAUCAGGCAAGGGAAUUCUAUCUGGACAUGCAGAUGGCACAAUUGUACGUUACUAUUUUGAUGAUGAAGGAGUGGGUGACUCACAGGGAAAACUAACAACACACUGUUGCCCACCUUAUGCCUUAGCCUGGGCUGUAAAUAGUAUUGUGGCUGCUGGAUGUGAUAAGAAAAUCAUUGCCUACGGAAAGGAGGGCCAUAUUAUCCAGCAGUUUGAUUAUGGCCGUGAUGCUACGGAAAAAGAGUUCACAGUAGCUGCCACGAGUCCUAGUGGACAGUCGAUAGUCAUCGGCAGUUAUGACAGGCUGAGAGUACUAAACUGGAGUCCUCGUAGAAAUGCAUGGGAUGAGUCAAGGCCAAAGGAAAUCCCAAAUCUUUACACUAUUACUGCCUUAGCUUGGAAAAAGGAUGGUUCCAGACUAUGUGCGGGCACACUUUGUGGAGGUGUGGAACAAUUUGAUUGCUGUUUGCGUAGAUCUAUUUACAAGAACAAAUUUGAAAUGACCUAUGUUGGCCUCAGCCAGGUCAUAGUAAGGAACCUUUCGACUGGUACCAGAGUUGUGUUGAAGUCUCACUAUGGGUAUGAAAUUGAUGAAGUGAAGAUAAUGGGAAAAGAUCGCUACCUGGUGGCUCAUAGCACUGACACAUUACUUCUUGGAGACUUGGCAACCAACAAACUUAGUGAGGUUGCCUGGCAGGGGUCUGGUGGAAAUGAAAAGCUUUACUUUGAUAAUGAAAAUGUGUGCAUGAUCUUCAAUGCUGGUGAAUUGACACUUGUGGAAUAUGGCAACAAUGACAUUUUAGGAUCUGUUAGAACAGAGUUCAUGAACCCUCACUUAAUCAGUGUUCGACUAAAUGAACGUAAACAAAGUGGGGUAGAAGAAAAUAAGAAACUGGCAUAUCUGGUAGAUAUUAAAACUAUAGCAGUUGUGGAUCUUUUGACUGGUUAUAACUUGGCUGCGAUAAGUCAUGACACAAAAAUUGACUGGUUAGAAUUGAAUGAAACUGGACGCAAGUUGCUUUUCAGGGACAAAAAACUUGGUCUCCAUCUGUUUGAUAUAGAAGACAACACAAAGACAACUGUCCUGAAUUACUGCACUUAUGUUCAGUGGGUACCCGGCAGUGAUGUGGCUGUGGCCCAGAACCGUGGCAAUCUCUGUGUUUGGUACAAUAUUGAUUCUCCAGAGCGAGUUACAAUGUUUCCGCUUAAGGGUGAUAUUGUAGAUCUGGAACGGAGUAAUGGUAAAACAGAAGUCAUAGUUACUGAGGGAGUGAAUACUAUUUCUUAUACUCUGGAUGAAGGGCUAAUUGAAUUUGGCACAGCAAUUGAUGAUGGAGAUUAUAACAGAGCCACUGCUUUCUUGGAAACAUUGGAAAUGUCAUCUGAGACUGAAGCUAUGUGGAAAACAUUAAGCAAGCUUUCAUUAGAAGCCCAGCAGUUGCAUAUUGCAGAAAGAUGCUUUGCUGCUCUUGGUGAUGUAACGAAAGCUCAAUUUCUUUGUGAAACUAAUCGAAUUGCAGACCAAGCAUCAACGGAAUAUGGAGGUGAUGGCUCAGACAAUUACCUUGUUCGCGCACGAUUGGCUAUGUUGGAGAAAAACUACAAAUUAGCAGAAAGUUACUAUCUGGAACAAAAUGCUGUUGAUAAAGCCAUGGAUAUGUAUCAGGAACUACACAUGUGGGACGAAUGUAUAAUGGUUGCUGAAGCCAAGGUUCACCCUGAAUUGGACAAUCUUAGACGGAGUUAUUAUAAAUGGCUGAUGGAAACAAAUCAAGAUGAAAAGGCAGGAGAAGUAAAAGAGCAUGAUGGCGAUUACUCUGGUGCCAUUAAUCUCUACUUGAAAGCUGGCCUACCUGCAAAAGCUGCUCGAUUAGUGUUAAGUCAGAAUGAACUUAUGACAAACAGUGAUAUCAUCAAUAGAAUUGCUGCAGCCCUAAUUAAGGGGGAUUUUUAUGAAAGGGCUGGAGACCUUUAUGAAAAAAUUGGGAAUUACCAAAGAGCACUGGAUUGCUACCGUAAGGGCAAUGCCUUUCGGAAAGCAGUGGAAUUGUCUAGAACCGUUUCUCCAGCUGAGGUUGUGAAAUUAGAGGAGGCCUGGGGAGACUAUCUGGUACAACAAAAACAGUUGGAUGCUGCAAUUAAUCAUUACAUUGAGGCCGGCUGCUCUAUAAAGGCGAUUGACGCAAGUGUUGGAGCUCGACAGUGGAAAAAAGCAGUCCAUAUUCUUGAACUUCAAGAAGAUGCAACAUCUUACAAGUACUAUCACAAGAUAGCACAACACUAUGCUUCAGUCCAAGAAUAUGAGACUGCUGAAAGGAUGUACAUCAAAGCCGAUCGAAUCAAGGAUGCUAUUGAUAUGUACAAGCAAGUGGGAUAUUGGGAGCAAGCCCACAAGUUGGCUAUAAAGUGCAUGAAGCAUGAAGAUGUGGCAGUUCUAUAUAUUGAUCAAGCGCAAGAACUAGAAAAGAAAGGAAAAUACAAAGAUGCUGAAAGGUUGUACAUUACAGUAGAUGAACCUGAUUUAGCAAUCACAAUGUAUAAGAAGCUUAAAAUGUAUGAUGACAUGAUUCGACUUGUAGCAAAAUAUCACAAGGACCUACUCACAGACACCCACCUUCAUCUUGCAAAGGAACUGGAAAGUGAAGGCCGUUUUCAAGAAGCUGAGUACCAUUAUUUGGAAGCAAAAGAAUGGAAGGCAAUAGUGAAUAUGUAUCGUGUCAAUGAUAUGUGGGAUGAAGCCUAUAGGGUUUCAAAAGCCCAUGGAGGUGCAAAUGCCCAUAAACAAGUGGCUUACUUAUGGGCAAAGAGCCUGGGAGGAGAGUCCGCUGUUAAGUUGCUAACUAAGUUUGGUCUUCUGGAAACAGCAAUUGACUAUGCAGCUGAUAACUGCUCUUUCGAUUUUGCUUUUGAACUGUCACGCUUGUCUAUGAAAAAUAAAAUCCCAGACAUACAUCUCAAACAUGCUAUGUAUCUAGAAGAUGAGGGUAAAUUUCAAGAAGCAGAAAUUGAAUUCAUUAAAGCAGGAAAAUCAAAGGAGGCUGUCCUCAUGUAUGUGCAUAAUCAAGAUUGGGAUGCAGCCCAAAGGGUGGCAGAGGCUCAUGACUCUGACAGUGUGGCUGAUGUCUUGGUUGGUCAGGCACGUUUUGCCUUCGAUCAGAAAGAAUAUCAAAAGGCUGAGGCUUUUCUUCUGAGAGCUCAAAGACCAGAAUUGGCUGUGAAAUAUUACAAGGAAGUCACAAUGUGGAGUGAUGCAAUUAGAAUUUGUAAAGAAUAUAUCCCUAACAAGCUGGAACAACUUCAGGAAGAAUAUGAACAGGAAGCAAUUAAGAAAGGAACAAAGGGAAUAGAAGGAAUAGUUGAACAAGCUAGAGAAUGGGAGCAAUCAGGAGAAUAUGGAAGAGCAGUGGAAUGUUACCUUAAAGUCAAAGAGACCAAUAACCUGGCUCUGAUGGAGAAGUGCUGGAUGAAGGCUGCUGAACUGUCCAUCAAAUUUUUAAAUCAAGACAGAACUCUUGAAGUGAUUCAGACACUUGGUCCUCGACUGAUUGAAAUACAGAAAUACAGUGCGGCAGCUGAACUGUACCUUAAUAUGGAUCUCAUUAAAGACGCCAUUGACUGUUUCAUAGGAGGGGAAGAAUGGAACAAAGCUAAACGUGUGGCAAAGGAGCUCGAUCCCAGAUAUGAAGACUAUGUUGAUCAAUGCUAUAAGGAAUAUUUGAAAAAUCAAGGCAAAGUGGAUUCACUGGUUGGAGUGGAUGUGAUAGCUGCACUUGACAUGUAUGUUGAACGAGGGCAAUGGGAAAAAUGCAUUGAAACUGCUAAUAAACAGAGUUACAAAAUUCUCCACAAGUAUGUGGCUCUAUAUGUUACACAUCUUAUCAAAGAAGGUCAUACUGAAAAGGCCUUAAAUCUGUAUGUUCAACACGGCACUCCUGCCAAUACCCAAAAUUUUAACAUAUACAAACGGAUUUUUAUGGAUAUUAUAAACAUGCCAGAUAAAAAUACUGCAGAUGCAUAUAGGACAUGGGCUGAUCUUCGUGAUGUACUCUUCAAUCUGUGUGAAAAUCUAGUUAAAUCUUCAGAAGCCAGUUCUCCUGCUCAUGAAGAGUUUGAGCAAAUGCUGCUGAUUUCCCACUAUUAUGCUACUCGUGCAGCGUCACUGGGAGUCAAUCAGCUGGACACGGUUGCAGCAAAAUUAUCCAUCUCUUUGCUGAGGCACACUGACAUCAUCCCUGCUGACAAAGCAUUUUAUGAGGCUGGCAUGGCAGCUAAGGCAAUUGGUUGGGAGAACAUGGCUUUUAUAUUCCUGAAUCGUUUCCUGGAUCUUUGCGAUGCAAUUGAGGAGGGCAAUCUUGAUGCACUUGAUCAUUCUGAUUUUCAAGAUACAGAUAUUCCGUUUGAAAUACCUGUCCCUAUAAAACAACAUAUUUUGGAUGAUAAACGUGAGGAAAUUAGGGACUGGGUUCUCACUGUGUCAAUGGACCAACGAGUUGAACAGGUCCUACCACCAGAUGAACGCGAUACUUACGAAGCCUCUCUAUUAGCUGUAAACACUGGGAUCCAGUCUCUUCCUUGUAUAAUGACAGGUUAUCCAGUACUCCGUAACAAAAUUGAAUUCAAAAGACCUGGUAAAGCAGCAAACAAAGAUGACUGGAACAAAUUUCUCAUGGCAGUAAAGACAACUCAUAGCCCAGAGUGUCAAGAUGUGUUGAAGUUUGUUAGUCAAUGGUGUGGAGGCCUUCCCAGUGCCAGCUUUUCCUUCCAGUGAAAAAUGCUAAGAAUGGUCUCCUAUUAUAAAAUUGUGCUCUAUUUCUACAUUAUAUUGAGCCCAUAACUUUAAUAUGACCAAUAGAGCUGCUUUAUUUUCUUCCAUUUUGAAGACUCAUAUUUAUUUACAGAAUUGCCUUACAAAUA